GAGGGGAAAAUGGUGGAUUGAGCAUGAAAGACGACGGAAUAUAAGAAUUAAAAAAUCCCCAUUCAACGCACUUCCUCUACUCUCUAUUAAUUUCUUUCUUUUCUUUUUUCUUUUUUCUUUUUCUUUGAAUGUGUAAUUAAACAUAUAUUAAUAAUAAUAAUAAUAAUAUUAUUGUAUGGUAAGGGUAUUUCCGGUGGGUGGUAAUUUUGCGCAAUAUGUAUGGCGCAACUUCCCCGGCGGUGAAAUUGGGAUGAUGCAUAAAAAGUUUCAGGUGGUGGGGGGCGUCGGGGGGGCGACGGCGGGCGGAGCCAGAGCUGGAGCGGUGGUGGCUUGUCGGGUGUCGCACCCAAGAACUCCGGGAGUAUUCUAUGGAUCAAAUCCUCUUGAAGAUUCAUUCUCGGCUUUGCUUUUGGAUAUUGUGUUCGUAAUUUUAUUAAUUCAUCUUCUCCAUAUAUUCCUCAGGCCUCUCCAGCAGCCUAAAAUCGUCUCCCAGAUUCUCGGAGGUUUUAUCAUUGGACCAUCCGUUCUAGGCCACAACAAGAAUUUCAAACAAUAUUUAUUUCCAGAAGAUGUGAGUUUCUUGCUAAGCAACAUCGGUUUAAUCGGUUUCAUGUAUUUCUUAUUCAUCUCCGGAGUAAAAACAGAUCUCAGUCUCAUUAAAAAAGCAGGAAAAAAAGAAUACGCCAUCGCCUCCUUCAGCGUAGUAGUUCCAUUAAUAUUAAACAUCACAUUUGCAUUACUCAUAAGAAAAUCCAUGGACAAAGAGCUUGCCAAAUUCUCUUCCAUUGGUGCAGUCACUUCCUCUCUAGCCAUCACCGCCUUCCCCGUCGUCCACCCGAUUCUCCACGAGCUCAAUCUUCUAAGCUCCGAAGUUGGCCGGAUGUCCAUGUCCAUCUCGAUAAUCAGCGACGCAGUCGGGAUCAACGCGCUCGUCGCAUUCGAGGCAGCGUUACAAGGAGAAGUGAACUCCAAGAACUCAAUAUGGUACCUAAUUUCACUAUUUGUUUUGUUGGGUUUCAUUGUGUUUGGUGUAAGAAGAGUAAUGAAUUGGAUUGUGAAGAAGACACCGGAAGGGCAGGCUGUGGAGCAAGGAUAUGUGGUGGCUAUUUUGCUUGGGGUAUUGGUAAUGGGCUUUUUAACAGAUUUCUUCGGGAUUGCUAUUCUUAAUGGGCCGCUUUGGUUGGGUAUGGCUAUUCCAGAUGGGCCUCCAUUGGGCUCUACUUUGGUGGAGAGGAGUGAGACUAUAAUUUCUGAGCUUUUGAUGCCAUUUUCCUUUGCUUUUGUGGGGCUUUACACUGAUGUUUUCGAAAUGGUUAAGGCUGGUUGGCCUACUUUGGCGCCAUUGUUCUUCCUGGCUUUGGCGGGUCAUUUCUUUAAAUUUGGCGCUACUCUCGUUCCGUCUCUUUACUGUCAAAUGCCGCUUAGGGAUGGGCUUGCCGUUAGCUUCAUCAUGUGCUUGAGAGGCCAAGUUGAAAUCAUUCUCCUCCUCCAUUGGAUUGACAAAAAGAUAAUAAAGAUCCCAGAGUUCACAAUGAUGGUACUAAUGACUGCAAUGAUAACUGCAAUGGUAUCCCCACUAAUAAGCUUAUUGUACGACCCGACAAAGCCAUACAUGGUGAACAAAAGGAGAACAAUCCAGCACUUGCCGCCAGGGACAAAGAUGCGGAUAGUUAUGUGCAUAGAAGACCAAGAAAACGUAGCAGCAUUGGUGAAUUUGCUAGACAUGUCCAACCCAACGAUGGCUAGCCCAUUCUCCAUCUAUGCCCUCCAUCUCAUUGAGCUGGUCGGUCGUGCCGCCCCCGUCUUCAUCGACCACAAAAAAUGCAAAGCCCCAUCCAAAUACACUGCCUCCGACUCCAUCCACAAUGCUCUCAAGCUCUACGAGGAAGCUCGCUCCGAGCUCGUCAAGUUACACACCUACACCGCCGUUGCACCUAAGCGUUCCAUGAAUCAAGACAUUUGUGAGCUUGGUUUGAUCAAGAAGGCCAAUUUCAUCAUCCUCCCUUCUAGCAGAGGAAACGGGCUAGCGGGGGAAUCAGCAAGGGGAUUGCAAAGUGUGAACAUAAAUGUAUUAGAACAUGCGCCAUGUUCAGUUGGGAUUCUAGUGGACAAAUGCAAUCUUCACAGCCCGAUGGUAGGGCAAUCCUUUUGGAACUCAGCUCAACACUUCGCUGUUCUAUUUCUUGGAGGAGCAGAUGCAAGAGAAGCACUUGCUUAUGCAGACAGAAUCGUUGGGAAUGUAGACGUUUGUGUAUCAGUAGUGAGAUUUCUUUCACAAAACUCAAGAGGUGACAAUGAGUUUGAGAAGAAGCUAGAUGAUGGAAUGGUGACUUGGUUUUGGGUAAAGAAUGAAACAAAUGAGAGAGUGAUUUACAGAGAAGUGGUUGUGAGAAAUGGAGCAGAGACAAUAGCAGCAAUACAGUCAAUGAAUGAUGAUUGUUAUGAGUUAGUGAUUGUUGGAAGAAAACAAGGGAUAAAUCCAGUGCUUCUUGAAGGAUUGUCAAAUUGGAGUAAUGAAAAUGAGUUGGGGAUUAUUGGUGAUUUUGUUGCUUCUGAGGAUUUUACUGCAGCUGCUUCUGUGUUGGUUGUGCAACAACAAGUUUUAAGAGACCAAGGUCAGUUUUCUUCUGGGCUUUGUGGGAAAAUUAGGUUUGAUAUUCAGUAGGAAUAAUCAGUCUGUACAUUUUGUAAUUAUUUGCCUUAGAGGUAGAUUGUUAUUAUUCUUAUUAUGUAUUUUUCUAUGUACAUGGAACCAACUAUAUAUCGUUUGGUUGUAAUUUGAGGAAAAGAAAUGUAAAGCUUAGACUCAA